AUGAACCCGAAGAUAGAUCCAGGGAAGCAGGACUCAUUCGAGUAUGGCUGGAAGCACGGCAUGGGGUUCACUCUGAUUCAUAUCCAUGCAUGUUCUUUCAACCUCACCGCGUACACGGCAAUACAGGAGGAUUCACUACUGCCUGACUUCCUAUUGAACGAGGAGGGCAUAACAAGUGCGGUCGCCAUCCCAGAAGCCGAGCCUGACCAGUGCCAUAGGGUCGCCAUCCCAGAAGCCGAGCCUGACCAAUGCCAUGGGGUCGCCAUCACAGAGGCCGGACCUGACCAGUGCCAUAGGGUCGUCAUCACGGAGGCCGGACCUGACCAGUGCCAUAGGGUCGCCAUCCCAGAGGCCGGACCUGACCAGUGCGAUAGGGUCGCCAUCCCAGAGGCCGGAACUGACCAAUGCCAUAGGGUCGCCAUCCCAGAAGCCGAGCCUGACCAAUGCCAUAGGGUCGCCAUCACAGAGGCCGGACCUGACCAGUGCGAUAGGGUCGCCAUCACAGAAGCCGAGCCUGACCAGUGCCAUAGGGUCGCCAUCCCAGAAGCCGAGCCUGACCAGUGCCAUAGGGUCGCCAUCCCAGAGGCCGGACCUGACCAAUGCCAUAGGGUCGCCAUCACAGAGGCCGGACCUGACCAGUGCGAUAGGGUCGCCAUCCCAGAAGCCGGACCUGGCCAGUGCCAUAGGGUCGCCAUCACAGAGGCCGGACCUGACCAGUGCGAUAGGGUCGCCAUCACAGAGGCCGGACCUGACCUGACCAGUGCCAUGGAGUGUGAUAGCAAACAUCCACCGCUGUGA